AUGCUUUUUUUGUUUUUGCUUUUGCUUUUUUUUAUUAUACAUUUAUCGUAUUCACUUAAUAUCAAUGGAAAAACCAAUUUAUUCAUAAACACCUCUUGCGAUAAUAAUAAUAAUAAUAAAAAAAAAAAAAAAAAAUGGAAUAGUCAAAUUAUUAAAAGGGACGCCAUUCAAAUGUCGAAUGUUAUGAACAUGAGAAAUACUAAGAAAACACAAAGUAGUAAGAACAUGAGAAAUAUUAAACAAGUACAAAAUUUGUAUGAACCUAUACAUAAAAAAGAAAGAGACAUAUAUCCAAAAGUAUAUAAUGCCCAAAUAAAAAACAACGUAAUAUAUAAACAGAUACCUGAGUUAACGUAUCCUUAUAAAAAAUACAAUAUUGACGAUAUAUAUUAUGGUAGGAUCUUAAGUAUUAAUAGCAAAAAAAUUAAAUUGGAUAUUUUAUGUGACAGGAAGGCUUAUUUAAAUACGUCCGAAUAUUUUAAUAAUCGUAUGAUGAAUAAAUAUAUUUAUAAUAUUUUAAAUAUUAAUAAUAUAAUAAAAGUCCAAAUAAAAAAUAUAGAAAAAAUUCAUCAAAAAAUACAUGUAGAUAUUAAAAAAUAUACAUAUGAAGAAUUUGUAUCAUCUUUUAAAAAUAACAAUAUAUAUAUCAAUUCUAAAGUUAUUCAAAUUAAACCAAACUAUCUUUUGUUAUAUUUAGCCCCCAAAGUUAUUGGGAAAUUGAUGUAUGAUAAAAAUCAGGACAUGCGAAAUUUUCAUGUUGGUAAUAAUGUACACGUAAAAAUUGAUUACUUCGACAAAAUGAAAAAUGAGUUAUACGUAAUAAGAUAA